UGUCAAUGUCACUUUAAAGAAUAAAGGUUUUACAAUAAUUUAAAAUCUCGAAAUAUUAAUUUUCUCAUAAAGAACUUCACAGAAAUAAUCAUGAAUAGCACAAAUAUGUUAGCAGCAAAUAAAGUCAAGCUGCACGGCAUGACUUCUACAAAAUGGACAACAAAAGAUAAAAUUACGCAAUACAAGGGACUGAUUAAUUUGUAUACCAGAGACAAAACCAUAAUAGAGAUGGAUAAUGCAAUAGCUAGAAGACGGCAGGCCAGGGAGCUUAAGAGUCUUCAAAGAGAAAUCGAAAUUAAUAGAAAGAAAUUGGACAAUGCUAUACGAGGAGAUAAACAAAAGUUGCGAAAUACUUUAGCUGAUCAUCGAGAACUCCAACUGACUUUUCAAGACGCUGCUCCCCAAAAGGUAAUUGAUACUGUACAUCAAGUAAAUUUUACAAAACGUAAAAUGAGAGAUAUGCUGGCAUAUCGAAUGAAAUUAAAAUCAGACUUAUUAAUUGAUCUUAAGCUUAAAUGCGCUACAUAUGAAGAUAACUUGAAGUAUGAAGCCUUACAGCCAAUGCUGCUCUGCGAAAAGCAGGCUCAUCUUAUAACAGGAAAGGUCCAUGACGCCAUUUUAAAAAAAGAAGCAGCAAUUUAUAUACGAAAUUCUUAUAAAGAAAUGAUCGCUAUUAUGAAGAAGGAUUCAAUUUAUUUUGAUGCAAUACUGUUGUCUAUUAAAGAGGAUGGUUUAAGUCAAGGUAAAUGUAUGAUAAAUGCGACAAAGCUUGGUCAGCUAGGAACAGAAUACUUGGACGAUAGAAGACAAGAAUUUCAGUUUCUUGAAAAAAUUGUUAAAAACGAUAUGAUAAGUAGAAAAAAGGACUUGGCUUUAGUCCAACAGAAUGUGGAAAACUUUACACAAAACUUAAAAAACCUUAUACGCCACGAUAGCGACAUAAAUUUAGGAAAAGUAGAAAUUGAAGACAGUCCUAGUUAUAGCGUAUUCGAACAAGAAGUUCAAACUCUUCAACAGAAAUUAAAAAUUUUAAAAGAUGCCUUCUUCACCCCUUCAGUGGAUCAGCUCUACCCAUUUUUGAGGGAACAGCUUCGUCAGAAGGAACGAUUAGCAGAGCUAGUGAAUAAAUACGAGAACAACAGAAAUGAUCUGUUUAAAAAAACUAAUUCUGCAAAGUUAUUGCUGUCUACUUUGGAAUUUACAAUGGUAGAAGGUACUGGACAUUAUACGCAUGAGAAAAUUAAAUUAACAGAAGAAAUUAAGCAACAACAGGUAGAAGCAACAAAAUAUGAUGAACGUAUCAAUUUCAGAUACCAAAUUUUAGCUAAAGUAAGAAUGUCAUUAAAGCAUCUUCAAUAUAUUUCUGAAUUGGUCUUAACGGAUACUUCAACAAAACCUGUGCCAUAUCCUCGACAUGGAAGUGAUCCUCCAAUACGUCCAGAAGAAGACGAAAUCGAUAGUGAAAAGAUCAUUCCCGAACUGACUACUAAAUUUACAAAACUAGCCAAUAAUUCAAAAGAAUUAAUUGACAGCAGUAAUUUGGAACGGGGGUAUAAAAUGUUUGAAAAAUUCAUGCGUGAUAGAAGUAAAAUCAUUGAAGUCGAUGUUGCUGCAAGUGAAGAAUCACUUAUCGAGACUAUAUUUACUGAUGCCCGUGUGCCAACUCGUGAUGAUAUUAAGAAGCAAAGUGCUGAAAUUGUUUUGAGAAAUUUAGCUGAGAUGGAGUACAAACCUCCACCACAACCAAGAAAGAAGUACAAAUUCAAAAAAUAGCCCAAAUAGUUUUUUUAUAAUUGGUAAUAAAUAUUAGCGGAAAAAUAAACUUAAAACAAUUUGCA